AUGUGGAGAGCUAGUCCUCCCUAUCUUAUAGUUUGGUUGGCUCCAAAUGCAGCAGUGAUACCUGUUCUCAGGUAUCUCAUAUCACCUGUGGACGAGGGUGAUCUGUACAACUGGGAGGUGGCCAUCUUCGGGCCCCCCAAAACCCACUACGAGGGUGGCUACUUCAAGGCAUGCCUCAAGUUCCCCAUCGACUAUCCGUACUCCCCACUGGCCUUCCGGUUCCUGACCAAGAUGUGGCACCCCAAUAUCUACGAGACAGGGGAUGUGUGCAUCUCCAUCCUCCACCCCCCCCCCCCCCCCCCCGUUGAUGACCCCCAGAGUGGGGAGUUGCCCUCAGAGUGGUGGAACCCCACCCAGAAUGUCAGGACCAUCCUGCUGAGUGUCAUCUCGCUCCUCAACGAACUUAACACCUUCUCGCCGGCCAACGUGGACGCCUCUGUGAUGUACAGGAAGUGGAAAGAGAGCAAAGGCAAGGACCGGGAGUAUACGGACAUCAUCAGGAAGCAGGUCCUGGGGACCAAGGUGGACGCGGAGCGGGAUGGCAUGAAGGUGCCCACCACGCUGGCCAAGUACUGUGUGAAGACCAAGGCCCCGGCGCCCGAUGAGGGCUCGGACCUCUUCUAUGACGACUACUACGAGGACGGGGAGCCCGAGGCCGAGGCCGACAGCUGCUUCGACGAUGAGGACGACUCUGGCAAUGAGGGGUCCCGACACCACGACCCCGAGAAUAAACUUACAGAUUUUACCUCAAAAAUCUUACCUCCCAUUAGUGGCAGCUGA